UACAGCCAAUCAGGAUCGAGGAUGGGGCCGGCCAUCAGCUGGUGCUGGAUCUGGCCUGUAGGAGGAGUCCUUGGGCACAGCGGUGGCACCUUAGAUCUUGGCCUCACUGCACCAGGGGACCAAGGGUGGCCCAGGGCGCUGCUGCUGUGACUGAACACAAAGGGUAGGGAAACACAGCCCAGGUCUCAUUGCGGAACAAAAUGGGAGAUGCUGAAACAGGCAAGAAGAUCUUCGUUCAGAAAUGUGCUCAGUGCCACACAGUGGAAAAAGGAGGAAAACACAAGACAGGUCCCAAUCUCUGGGGCCUUUUUGGCCGAAAGACAGGCCAAGCCCCAGGAUUUUCCUACACUGACGCCAACAAGAACAAAGGUAUUAUCUGGACAGAAGCAAGUUUGAUGGAAUAUUUGGAGAACCCAAAGAAAUUCAUCCCUGGUACUAAGAUGAUCUUUGCUGGCAUAAAAAAGAAGAGCGAGAGAGAAGACCUUAUUCAGUAUUUGAAACGGGCCACAUCCUCAUGAGAUAGUAUUGCAUCUUCAAAAUAUUAGUUUUUAAUUUCAAAUAUUGUGUUUAGUAAGAAGCAAUUUCUGCUCUUUUUUGAUCAGCCUGUAGUAAUUUUAACACGUUAAAAUAAAGGUUGAUAUUUUUGAUUGGGUAAAGUCCACUCAUGAGA